GUGUGAAUCGCUCCAUGAAGGACAAGGUGACCAAGCCUACGUCCAUGGCCCAGGGCCGGAUGGCACACAUGAUCGAGUGGCAGAACUGGGACAUGUCUGUGGUGGGCCCGGGGGGCGUCUCCGUCCCACGCAAGUCUACGGCAGAGCAGGAGAUGGAGAGACGGUUGGAGAGCGACGCCUACAGCGACCUCAGCGACGGGGAGAAGGAGGCUCGCUUCGCCGCAGGUCAGAGGGGGGAAGGGAAUUUGUCACUGUGAGAGGUGACAGGAGCAAUAGGAGUGGUUGAUGCUGAUUUAUACAACCAGGGGGUUUUUCAGAGAAAACUCUCACAAAAUUAAGCCUUUGGGCAAAAGGGUUCUCAUGUGUUGAACCCUACAUCAUAACAAGACUGUUUAUAGGUCAGCUAAUUGGCAUGGCAUAACACCAGCCAAAUUGGUCAACAUUGGCUUAGGCAUAGCAGAACCAUAGAUAUUAAAUCUGGAUAUUACAUCUUUCUAUAAAUAGCCAUAGAUAUUAAAUCAUUAUGGCUCUGAGGGAAAGCACCAGCCAACUGAGACGUUACAAUGACCGUGACUUACCCUCUGAACUCCAGGUAUCCUGCAGCAGUUUGCCAUCUCCCAGGCAACGCUCAUGGCCUGGACCUCCAUGGAUGGAGAGAGCCUGAGGUCAGGGUCCAACCAGGGCAGUGUGGCCCACCUUAGCGAAGUCAACCAGGAGAGCAUCACCAGCCGAGGUAAGGGACUACAAAUAUGGCCUCUAAACCAGCAUGUAUCAGCCAAGAUAAGGGACUACAAAUAUGGCCUCUAAACCAGCAUGUAUCAGCCGAGAUAAGGGACUACAAAUAUGGCCUUUAAACCAGCAUGUAUCAGCUGAGAUAAGGGACUACAAAUAUGGCCUCUAAACCAGCAUGUAUCAGUCAAGAUAAGGGACUACAAAUAUGGCCUCUAAACCAGCAUGUAUCAGCCGAGAUAAGGGACUACAAAUAUGGCCUUUAAACCAGCAUGUAUCAGCCGAGAUAAGGGACUACAAAUAUGACCUCUAUACAACCAUGUGUCAGUUGAGGUAAAGGACUAUAAAUAUGGCCUCUAAAUGAGCAUGAGUCAGUCGAGGUAAGGGACUACCUUGACAAACUACAGUAGCACCAAUCAACUAGGGCAAAAAAGUUUAAGGGAUAGUUUAAGGAGCUAAAUAGGAUCCUGCACUGUGGAACCUUGUCUAAAAUUUGCAGCCAAACACGUUUUUGCAUAGGCUUGAGAUCAGGCAAAGCUGGAGUGUAGUGUGUGGGCUACAAUAUGCGUCAUUUUGCUCAGUAACAAAGGCAUCUUAUUCCAUCUCAGCUUGGAGGGUUAACUCUGUACUCAUUUCAGGUUCGCAAACACAGCCUGGGUGAAUGCAAGACCAGGGAUUUCAACUGUAUAAAUAGUACACUUGGCCAUUAUUAUUCCACAUCACUGUGUUGUCCGUUACAGUGCUCCUGUAUUUCUCCUUCUCAUGCAAAGAGGCAUUCAGACAUGGAGACGUGUUGAAAUCAUAAUGUGGUUUUCUCCCUGUGGUUUGUUAUUGUGAGAUAACAAAUGGCCUCGAGACUGUGUGAUGAUCAUUAGUUUAAUCACAACUUCAGUUAUUUAAUUAUUGUUAGUGGUAAAAACGAUUUGGCUGUCGCUGGAUGUAUUUUUACACAGUUUUGAGUCAUCAUUAAAUCAAAUCAAAUCAAAUCAAAUUUUAUUGGUCACAUGCGCCGAAUACAACAGGUGCAGACAUUACAGUGAAAUGCUUACUUACAGCCCUUAACCAACAGUGCAUUUAUUUUAAACAAAAAAAGUAAGAAUAAAACAACAACAAAAAAAGUUGAGAAAAAAAGAGCAGAAGUAAAAUAAGUGACAGUAGGGAGGCUAUAUAUACAGGGGGGUACCGUUGCAGAGUCAAUGUGCGGGGGCACCGGCUAGUUGAGGUAGUUGAGGUAAUAUGUACAUGUGGGUAAAGUUAAAGUGACUAUGCAUAAAUACUUAACAGAGUAGCAGCAGCGUAAAAAGGAUGGGGUGGGGGGGCAGUGCAAAUAGUCCGGGUAGCCAUGAUUAGCUGUUCAGGAGUCUUAUGGCUUGGGGGUAGAAGCUGUUGAGAAGUCUUUUGGACCUAGACUUGGCACUCCGGUACCGCUUGCCGUGCGGUAGCAGAGAGAACAGUCUAUGACUAGGGUGGCUGGAGUCUUUGACAAUUUUGAGGGCCUUCCUCUGACACUGCCUGGUAUAGAGGUCCUGGAUGGCAGGAAGCUUUGCCCCAGUGAUGUACUGGGCCGUACGCACUACCCUCUGUAGUGCCUUGCGGUCGGAGGCCAAGCAGUUGCCAUACCAGGAGGUGAUGCAACCAGUCAGGAUGCUCUCGAUGGUGCAGCUGUAGAAUUUUUUGAGGAUCUGAGGACCCAUGCCAAAUCUUUUUAGUCUCCUGAGGGGGAAUAGGCUUUGUCGUGCCCUCUUCACGACUGUCUUGGUGUGUUUGGACAAUGAUAGUUCGUUGGUGAUGUGGACACCAAGGAACUUGAAGCUCUCAACCUGUUCCACUACAGCCCCGUCGAUGAGAAUGGGGGCGUGCUCAGUCCUCUUUUUUUUCCUGUAGUCCACAAUCAUCUCCUUUGUCUUGGUCACGUUGAGGGAGAGGUUGUUGUCCUGGCACCACACGGCCAGAUCUCUGACCUCCUCCCUAUAGGCUGUCUCAUCGUUGUCGGUGAUCAGGCCUACCACUGUUGUGUCGUCGGCAAACUUAAUGAUGGUGUUGGAGUCGUGCCUGGCCAUGCAGUCAUGGGUGAACAGAGAGUACAGGAGGGGACUGAGCACGCACCCCUGUGGGGCCCCCGUGUUGAGGAUCAGUGUGGCAGAUGUGUUGUUACCUACCCUUACCACCUGGGGGCGGCCCGUCAGGAAGUCCAGGAUCCAGUUGCAGAGGGAGGUGUUUAGUCCCAGGAUCCUUAGCUUAGUGAUGAGCUUAGAGGGCACUAUGGUGUUGAAUGCUGAGCUGUAGUCAAUGAAUAGCAUUCUCACGUAGGUGUUCCUCUUGUCCAGGUGGGAAAGGGCAGUGUGGAGUGCGAUAGAGAUUGCAUCAUCUGUGGAUCUGUUGGGGCGGUAUGCAAAUUGGAGUGGGUCUAGGGUUUCUGGGAUUAUGCUGUUGAUGUGAGCCAUGACCAGUCUUUCAAAGCACCUCAUGGCUACAGACGUCAGUGCUACAGGUCGGUAGUCAUUUAGGCAGGUUAUCUUAGAGUUCUUGGGCACGGGGACUAUGGUGGUCUGCUUGAAACAUGUUGGUAUUACAGACUCAGUCAGGGACAUGUUGAAAAUGUCAGUGAAGACACUUGCCAGUUGGUCAGCACAUGCUCGGAGUACACGUCCUGGUAAUCCGUCUGGCCCUGCGGCCUUGUGAAUGUUGACCUGCUUAAAAGUCUUACUCACAUCGGCUACGGAGAGCGUGAUCACAUAGUCAUCCGGAACAGCUGGUGCUCUCAUGCAUGCUUCAGUGUUGCUUGCCUCGAAGCGAGCAUAGAAGUGGUUUAGCUCGUCUGGUAGGCUUGUGUCACUGGGCAGCUCGCGGCUGUGCUUCCCUUUGUAGUCUGUAAUAGUUUUCAAGCCCUGCCACAUCCGACGAGCGUCAGAGCCAGUGUAGUAUGAUUCAAUCUUAGACCUGUAUUGACUCUUUGCCUGUUUGAUGGUUCGUCGGAGGUCAUAGCGGGAUUUCUUAUAAGCGUCCGGGUUAGAGUCCCGUUCCUUGAAAGCGGCAGCUCUACCCUUUAGCUCAGUGCGGAUGUUUCCUGUAAUCCAUGGCUUCUGGUUGGGGUAUGUACGUACGGUCACUGUGGGGACGACAUCAUCGAUGCACUUAUUGAUGAAGCCAGUGACUGAUGUGGUGUACUCCUCAAUGCUGUCUGAAGAAUCCCUGAACAUGUUCCAGUCUGUGCUAGCAAAACAGUCCUGUAGCUUAGCAUCUGCGUCAUCUGACCACUUUUUUAUUAACCGAAUCACUGGUGCUUCCUGCUUCAGUUUUUGCUUAUAAGCAGGAAUCAGGAGGAUAGAGUUAUGGUCAGAUUUGCCAAAUGGAGGGCGAGGGAGAGCUUUGUAUGCGUCUCUGUGUGUGGAGUAAAGGUGGUCUAGAGUUUUUUUCCCUCUGGUUGCACAUUUAACAUGCUGGUAGAAAUUAGGUAGAACGGAUUUAAGUUUCCCUGCAUUAAAGUCCCCGGCCACUAGGAGCGCUGCAUCUGGAUGAGCGUUUUCCUGUUGAUUAAUGGCCUUGUACAACUCAUUCAGUGCAAUCUUAAUGCCAGCAUUGGUUUGUGGUGGUAAAUAGACAGCUAUGAAAAAUAUAGAUGAAAACUCUCUUGGUAAAUAGUGUGGUCUACAGCUUAUCAUAAGAUACUCUACCUCAGGCGAGCAAAACCUCGAGACUUCCUUAGUAUUUGAUUUUGUGCACCAGCUGUUGUUUACAAAUAUACACAGACCGCCACCCCUUGUCUUACCAGAGUCAGCCGUUCUGUCCUGCCGAUGUAGCGUAUAGCCUGCUAGCUGAAUGUUAUCAUUGUUGUCGUUCAGCCACGACUCAGUGAAACAUAAGAUAUUACAGUUUUUAAUGUCCCGUUGGUAGGAUAACCGUAAUCUUAAAUCGUCCAUUUUAUUCUCAAAAGAUUGAACGUUGGCUAAUAGGAUUGAUGGAAGAGGCAGUUUACUCGCUCGCCGUCGGAUCCUUACAAGGCAUCCGGAUCUGCGUCCGCGAUAUCUCCGUCUCUUCCUCACGCGAAUGACGGGGAUUUGGGCCUUGUCGGGUGUCUGUAUGAUAUCCUUCGCGGCCGCCUCGUUGAAGAAAAAAUCUUCGUCCAAUGCGAGGUGAGUAAUCGCUGUCCUGAUAUCCAGAAGCUCUUUUUGGUUAUAAGAGACGAUGGCAGAAACAUUAUGUACAAAAUAAAUUACAAAUAACGCGGAAAAACACACAUAAUAGUACAAUUGGUUAGAGGGUUGGUUAGAGGGCUGUAAAACGGCAGCCAUCUUCUCCGGCGCUGUUCUAUAAAACGUCUAUUAAAGUGAUGUAAUGUAAGGUUGCCGGCAUGAUGCUCGCUGACUCUUAGCACCAACAUAUCAACUCAGCACACCUUGAAGCGCUUUUGGCAGAUUCAGCUAUCUGAAACUUGUUAGGACAAUGUCCCAAAGACGUGUCUACGAAUAAGUGUUAUUUACCUAAUUAUUUUGUGUUUGACAGCCUUUUUAUAUAUAACGGCGAGCCAUAGCAUUGGCAACACACAAACUGAUUGUCACGAUCAUUGACUGAAGACACGGACCAAGGCGCAGCGUGAUAAGCGUACAUACUUUUAUUUAACGUACUUAACGACAAAAACAACAAACAAACGAUACGUGAAGUCCUGAGGUUAUAACACAACAAACCUUUACGGAUCAAGAUCCCACAAACUAACUGGUGCCAACAGGCUGCCUAAGUAUGGUCCCCAAUCAGAGACAACGAGCUACAGCUGCCUCUGAUUUGGAACCACCCUGGCCAACAUAGAACUAAACGAUCUAGAACAAAAACAUAGAAAACUAAACAUAGAAAAUCCACACCCUGGCUCAACAUUUAAGAGUCCCGAGAGCCAGGGCGUGACAGUACCCCCCCCCAAGACACAAGAGGGUAGGGGCCGGGUGGGCAUUCCGCCUCAGAGGCGGAUCCGGCUCCGGGCGUGACCACCACCUUUUCUCCACCUCUCCGUUGCGCCCCUGGUCUGGUCUGGCCCCGCUGACUGGAGCUGGACCCGACGACGGUGGACCAAACCUUACCGGCUCCGGACUGGAGCCUCUGGUCGGAGCUGGACUGGACACCGGUGGAGCGGAUUGCUCUGGCUCCGGAGUGGAUCCGCUGACUGGAGUUGGACCGGACCCCGGUGGAGCGGAUUGCUCUGACUCCGGAGUGGAGCAGCUAACCGGUGCACCAGGCACCGGUGGAACAGGCACGGGCCGUGCCGGACUGGACACACGCACCACUGGCUUGGUGCGGGGAGCAGGAACGGGCCGGGCCGGACCGGGCUGACGACGCGCACCACUGGCUUGGUGCGGGGAGCAGGAACGGGCCGGACCGGGCUGACGACACGCACCACUGGCUUGGUGCGGGGAGCAGGAACAGGCCGGACCGGGCUGGCGACGCGCACCACUGGCUUGGUGCGGGGAGCAGGAACAGGCCGGACCGGGCUGGCGACGCGCACCACUGGCUUGGUGCGAGGGACAGGAACAGGCCGGGCUGGACUGGGAACACGCACCACUGGCUUGGUGCGGGGAGCAGGAACAGGCCGGGCUGGACUGGGAACACGCACCACUGGCUUGGUGCGGGGAGCCGGAACGGGCCGGGCCGGACUGUGGAGGCGGACUGGAGGUCUGGAGCGGAGAGCUGACACAACCCGUCCUGGCUGAAUGCCUAUUUCCACACAAUAUGUGUGAGGCAUCAGCACAUGACGUACAGGGCUGUGCACUCGUACUGGCGCUACAGCACGUGGCACUGGCGCAGGACAUACGGGACCGAGGAGGCGUACUGGAGGCCACGAGCGUUGAGCCGGCACACCCCGUCCUGGCUGCAUGCCCAUCUUAGCACGACACGUGCGUGGUGCUAGCACCGGACGUACAGGACUCCUGCCCAGUCUCACGCUUCCUAGCCUGAGUACGGGGAGUUGGCUCUGCUCUAACUCUAGGCUCCGCCAACCACCCUUUUAGCCCCCCCAAAAUGUUUUCUUGGGGCUGUCUAUCGGGCUUCCUCCUCGGCCGGUACCCUCUGCGUUGCCGCUGCUCCUCUCUGUAGCGCGCCUCCACAGUCUCCUCCCAAGGACGGCGAUCCAUUCCGGCCUGAAUCUCUUCCCAAGUCCAGGAUCCCUUCCCGUCCAGGAUCUCCUCCCAAGUCCAGGCUGUCUGUACCUGGACACGCUGCUUGGUCCUCUUUAGGUGGGAUCUUCUGUCACGAUCGUUACAGGAAGACUCGUGGAACCAAGGCGCAGCGUGAUAAGCGUACAUAAUUUUAUUUAACGUACUUAACGACAAAAACAACAAACAAACGAUACGUGAAGUCCUGAGGUUAUAACACAACAAACCUUUAAGGAUCAAGAUCCCACAAACUAACUGGUGCCAACAGGCUGCCUAAGUAUGGUCCCCAAUCAGAGACAACGAGCUACAGCUGCCUCUGAUUUGGAACCACCCUGGCCAACAUAGAACUAAACGAUCUAGAACAAAAACAUAGAAAACUAAACAUAGAAAAUCCACACCCUGGCUCAACAUUUAAGAGUCCCCAGAGCCAGGGCGUGACACUGAUAUAUUCCCCCAUUUAUUUUCCUCCUUCGCACAAAAUGGCUGCAAUACCUCAAAAGUUUUAAUGUUGUUAUCAGUCAGUGGGGGAUAUUAGUCGCCUUGUUCAUCCGUUAAAAAAAACUGAUUGGAAUUUGAGAUGGCAAAAACUACCACGACUCACCCUUAUUCAUAUCAGCCAUGUUAUUGGCUGAAUUAUAGGUCAUUUUAAUGCAGGGCAGACAGACUCCCCAAUGGCUAUACAGUCAUAAUGCUGAUGUAUUAGCCUACUCGGUGUAGCUACACUUGGGGUCUGUCUGGGGAUCGUUCAAGUAAAGUCAUUAGCUCAAGGAUACAUUUGGGUCUGAGAGGGUUGGGGUGUCCCUCAGGGAUAUCACAUGAUUCCUCUCGAGGUUUCCUCUUUCUGAAAAAAGGCUGAUGUCAGAAUUGUAAUUUUUUUUGCAGUUUGAUGUCCAUGAGGUCCAAUGUAGUGCAUCCGUCAAGGACAACCAACCGCUUAUCCCACCUCUUCACUCUUCUAUUUUCUCAUUCUUUUUAUCCUCUCAGACCAGAUAUUGCACCACUCUUCUGCAGACAUGUGGCCCAACACCUAUGUCGCCCAGGGCCUCUACUGCCUCUCCUCCUCCGACGCCUGGGAGCCAAUCAGCAACGAGCCCUCCGGAGUGGCCUCUCCUGCUGCUGGCUCCUACGUGAUGCAGCAGGGCGGGACUUCCUGUGAUGGGUAUGAUGGGAACGUGUUGCAGCAGCAGCAGCAGCAGCAGCAACAGCAGCAGCAGUUCAACCUACAGCAGCAGAGUCAGCUCCAGCAGCUGCAGCAGCUGCAACAGAUACAGCACUACCAGCAACAGCAGCUCCUGUAUCAGCAACAACAGGUGAGGAAAAACAACGGUCUAAUAUGAGAGGAAAGCAAUAACAAUCAAUUUCCAUAGAUAGGCAAUAUUCAUUCAUGGCGUAGUCAGGCGUCUGAUAUUUAGAUUUUUAAUGGGGUUUUCUCCUUUUUCUCUGGGGUAUUUUGAUCGAGAAAAGAAUACUGAAUUCGGCCUUUGAUAUGGUAAUGUCGUCAGAGAUUCAGCACUACAUUAUUGUAUCUCCCUUCUUAGUACAACACAAUUACCCUGUCCCUUUCAAUCCAACAUUAUGCUUAAAGGAAGAAACAUCCCUUAACCACAGAUUUAGGAUCAUAUUUCCAGAGUCUUUACCAUUAGGCGGGAUAAACAAAUAUCUGAUCCUGUAUCAGUGGUUAGAGGGAACCUUUACCUACAUACGGCUCCUCAUUGUCUCGUCCUUCUCUCCACAGUCUCUGGAGCAAAGGCUGCACAGCGCCAACCACUCGUUGCAAGCCACACCCAACAGCACCAUCCACAGCCUGGCCCCUGCCACCCACGCCCCAUUGGUGGACCUGUGGGGGGCGGGGCAGACGGAGUCCUAUCACGCGGAUAUUGGAGGGUACAACAUAGGCGUGGCAGCGGUGGUGGAGGCGGCUCUGAGUGUUCCGUCUGGGGACGAGGGGGCGGGGACAGAACACUCCCCUCUGCUGGAGCAGCAGGAGGAGGAGGAGGAGGAGGAGCUGAAGGUGAGGUCAUAUCAGGUCACAGGGUCAUCAGGGCCCAGUUUUUCAAAAAUGAUCUAUCUGGAAUUUGCCUAUCGGAUAGAAUUAAAUGCAUAGAAAUAAAAUCAAUAGAAUGGGAGUCCCCAUUCAAAACAAUGAUUUGUCCAUUCUAUUAAUUAUAUUUCUAUGCAUUUAAUCCUAUCCGAUAGGCGUAAUCCAGAUAGAUCAUUUUUGAAAAACUGGGCCCUGAGUUCAUAUCAGUGCAGAGAUGUACAUCCUUGAUGCUUUAAUAUAUGACAGGGAGACAUUUCUAUCUGAACUCAUUAAUAAACCCAUGCUUUCUCCUCUCUGUGGUUAGAGAAUCAUGCAGUAUCUGUUAUACUCUAAACAUUUCUAUCUGAAUGCUCUGUAAGUGUCACCCCCUGACCAAGCCCCCUGCUCUGUCCCCUGAACAGGACGAGGAGGUGACACUGUGCAUGGAGCCGGAGUCUGCCACUCUAACCCAGCCCACACAGCGAGACGAAGCCAUCGCCUCCGGGGGCAGUAGUCCGGGUCAACGUAGUCCGGGGCGCAGUAGUCCAGGGCGCAGUAGUCCGGGGCAACCACCAGCACAGCAAAUCACAGAUCGGAAGGCCUCUGAUGUCAGCUGUGGAGGCAUCCAGAUGCUGGAGGAGAAGGAUGAGAAGCAGGGGUCCGCUGUUGCUGCCAUGGCAACCAAC